AUGAACUCACCAGAAUCGUCCUCAAGCUCCCGCUCUCCGUCACCUUCUGCUGCCAACCAACUUCAAUUUGAUACGUCUGCUGCAACCCGCAAGCGACGCGCAGGCCACGGAUCACCACCUCCCCCUCGCCGCAGGAGAAACGGAGAGGGCACAUCGAGGACCGGCCCUCCGGGAGAGACAGCUCGGGAGAGAGAAACAGAGAAAAUCAUUGAUGGAGAGCUAAUGGUCAAGCUUAACCAAGCACUGGGCGAUCCGUUUGCCAUCGACUAUAACAAGAAAUGAUCAAACCUUUACGAUGUGUUAGAAGGGUUCUCGUUAUCAUGUUGCUUCUUCUCCGACCACCUUUGUCGUCGAUGUAUCAUAUCGGCGACUGGCAAUGAGAAUACCAUGUCAC